UUAUAUAUAUUCACAUUCAUUCGGCAUUUUCUCUCUUUUUACCUUGGUUUCUCCCGUCACCUUUCUCGGACUAGGAAUCUCAAGUCUCUCUCUCUCUCUCUAAGUGGGAGAACGCAGGGUAUGGGAAAUAUGGAGGAGAUAACCAACGUAAUGGAAUUCGAAAAGCUCGCAAAGGAGAAGUUACCGAAGAUGGUUUACGAUUACAAUGCGUCUGGGGCCGAGGAUCAAUGGACUCUUGCUGAGAAUCGGAAUGCGUUUUCCAGGAUUCUAUUUAGGCCUCGAAUCCUGGUUGAUGUGAGCGAGAUCGACGUGAGCGCAACAGUUCUUGGGUUCAAGAUUUCUAUGCCCAUCAUGAUCGCCCCAACAGCAAUGCAGAAAAUGGUCCACCCGGAUGGUGAGAUCGCCACCGCAAGAGCAGCUUCAGCUGCCGGGACAAUUAUGACACUAUCUUCAUGGGGUACUUGUAGUGUCGAGGAGGUUUCUUCAACAGGACCCGGCAUUCGCUUUUUCCAACUCUAUGUCUACAAGGACAGAAACGUGGUCAUACAACUCGUUAGACGAGCUGAAAGGGCUGGAUUCAAAGCGAUUGCUCUUACCGUGGAUACCCCGAAGCUUGGCCGUAGGGAAUCAGAUAUCAAAAACAGAUUUGCUCUGCCACCACAUCUGUCAUUGAAGAACUUCGAAGGUUUGGAUCUCGGAAAAAUAGAUAGGACCAGUGACUCUGGGCUAGCUUCAUACGUUGCUGGCCAAGUUGAUCGGUCUCUUUGCUGGAAGGACGUCAAGUGGCUCCAGACUAUAACCAGCUUGCCAAUUCUUGUUAAGGGUGUUCUUACAGCCGAGGAUGCAAGAAUGGCCGUUCAAAGCGGGGUUGCAGGGAUCAUAGUGUCCAACCAUGGAGCUCGCCAGCUUGAUUACGUCCCUGCAACUAUUAUGGCCCUCGAGGAGGUGGUUAAGGCCGUGGAAGGUCGGCUUCCUGUUUUUCUUGAUGGAGGUGUUCGGCGUGGGACAGAUGUCUUUAAGGCAUUGGCUCUUGGUGCCUCGGGUGUAUUCGUUGGGAGGCCGACAGUGUUCUCGUUGGCGGUGGGAGGAGAGGAAGGAGUGAGGAAAAUGCUUCAGAUGCUCGGUGACGAGUUCGAGCUGACGAUGGCACUCAGUGGCUGCCGUUCCCUGGACGAGAUAACUCGUAACCACAUCAAGACCGACUGGGACUAUCCUCUCGUCCAUGCCAAGUUGUAAAACCCUCGACUCUUUUGUACGUGUCGUCCCGAGAACUCAAAAAUAUGGGAACGAUCAAAUAAAGGAAUGAAUGGAUUUUCGUGGACAAGCAAAUCUCUGUAAAUUACCUCUCCGUUUGAUUGAUUUUAGCCGGAUGCC